AUGUCUUCAAGAACUCUCCCCCUCCUAUUCAUCAACCUCGGCGGAGAAAUGCUGUAUAUCCUGGACCAGCGGCUUCGAGCUCAGAACAUCCCUGCUGACAAGGCUAAGAAAGGUAGCCGGCUAGCUUAGCUUAGUUCGGACUGUUGGUAUGUUUACAUGUUUGUGAGUAAAAAUCACGCUUACACUGACGUUUAUUUAUUUUUCCUCUCGGUGUUUGAUUAAAACAUCACCAUUUUAAGAUAACAGUUAGUACACUAAGUGUUAAUAAUUAAAUAUGUAUUUUCAAAGCACACUUUCAUCUAUUAAUCUGCUUUCGAUUUGUAAAGUUUCCACAAUAGCUGGCUGGAUAGACGAGGACAGAAGGAGAGGUAUUAUCAUAGAGCUGCAUUAGUGGCUCACCGCUCUUCUGCUUUGACUUAGACUGGAGACAAACUUGCCUCAUGGACAACUGAAAUAGAUAAACAGACACCAGAUGAGAUUCAUAUGCACAGUUCAGUUUACAAGUACAUCAUAUAUGUGAUUUAAAUGACUGACAUACACAGAUCUUGAGCACAGAGUUGUUUGGGUGCACGAGGAGUCACUGCAAAGUCAAAUUAUCAAUGAAGGGAUUUGCUUUAAAGAAGUGGUUCUCAACUGGUCUCACUGUGGGACCCACAUUUUCCCAUGGUACUGAAUUCCUGGCCCACUUUAAUCGAAUUCAAACCCUGCAAAUUUGUUUUUAAUAAAAAAAACCUUUAGAGACUCAAAUCUUUAACACAAAUACACCUGUUUUAUUGAGUAAAGUGCAUUUCAGAACACAUGAACUGAGGACAACAACUACUGAAGUUGCUACAGAAAAUAUCAAAUUGCACAAAUUAAGCUAUUUUUCAAAAUAAAAGACAUGUCAACCGGCUGUUUGCGACCCAUCUAGAAAGUGUCCAUGACCAACCUUUGGGUCGGGACCCACCAGUUGAGAACCACUGCUUUAAAAUACUGAAUAAUAUCUAAAUCCACAAAGCAGCCCCCCUAGGUCAAAUUUGACACACUAUCCAGUAUACAACAAAACAAAAUGUUGUCAAUAUUGUCUCUUGUGUCAUAAAAAAAUUGCACAUGCACUUUAAGAUAAUGCCAGUAAGGCUCAUCUGGGGUAACCACUGUCUCUGCUCUCAGAGCUGUGUUUCAUUUUUGACACCUCCCUUUUUAUCUUAUUGACCUUUUGCUUCCUCAUACAAGAAAAUAGCUGAAUCUACAGUAACGCCUUGCUGUGUUAAGCAAGUUGAAUUUCCUCUGUCUUGAGCCAAUGGGAAGCUUAAAAAGGUUAGGAAAAGGUGAAGUUGACUGGAAAAUUUGACAUCUAGAACAGUGACUGUUAUCACUUCUGUCACUUGCAUCAGUGAUUGAUUGAAGUAAUCAUGAAAAAAAAAACAUUUCUGGGGUGGCUUUAACACAAACAACUUUCCAAAUCGGACCUGUGCUGAUGGCUUUUCAUGCUUCUGCUUUAUUGGGGCACUAUGGGAAAGGCUUUGGGUGAAAUGGUUUGGGCCAACAGUAUAUAGUAUAGACUGCCUAUCUAGUUGCCUUUAAGCUUCCACUACGAGCUAAGAUUUUAUACGACCUUUUUGUGACUGGAAUCUUUUUGCUGUACUUUUUGCUUGACUAGUUAUGAAUGACAUCAUCACCACCAUGUUCAACAAAAAGUUCCUGGAAGAACUUUUUAAGCCGCAGGAGCUUUACUCCAAAAAGGCCCUGCGGACUGUGUUCGACAGGUUGGCUCACGCCUCCAUAAUGAGACUCAAUCAAGCAAGCAUGGACAAGGUGAGUCAUGAUAAAUACAGAUGUGGGCCUUCUUCUUCACAUUUGUUUUCACUGCAUUCAGCACACAUUUUUACUACUUUAGCGCACAGAGCAAAUCAACACAGUAAUCACACACUCACAUCAUUGAUUUCAGCUUGUCUUAUAGCCUCAUGAUAAAGCAUUCUGUGUUUGUAGUUAAGAGUCAACUUUGCUACCUCUCUUUACAUCAGUUAGUGCAGUUUAUCAUAAGAAGUGAGUAGGGCUUAGUUAGAUCAUGUUGCAGUUUAAAAGUAUGGAGGACUUUGUAUCUUAUUGACUCAACAACACUGUUUAUGGCUCCCUCUGCUGUUUAUAAAUUAAUAUUUAUUGUCCUCCUUACAGCUCUACGACUUGAUGACCAUGGCUUUCAAGUACCAAGUGCUCCUUUGUCCCCGGCCAAAAGACAUCCUCCUCGUCUCCUUCAACCACAUGGAUGCAAUCAAAGACUUUGUGAAAGAUACACCAAGCAUCCUCGGCCAGGUUGAUGAAACAUACCAACAGCUCAUCGAGGUACUUAAGUCUUCUCUCAGUGGUUAUAUAGACACUAGUGUGAAGCUGCAAAAUGAGAAAUGGCUUGUAAGGGCUACUCAAAGAUCUCAGGAGAGGCAGGGGCGAGGCAGGUUCUUUUUUAAAGCACAUUUCAACAAACAUCAGACAUCAAAAUAUUAUUACUAAGGGAAGAAGAAACUUUUUUUUUGAGAAACCUGUUCAAGUUUUGUUACAGUAAUCAAAUUCACUUUAGGUAGUUUGGGAAAAAAAGGCUUUAAAAUAGAUAUCGUGCAGAGAGGCAUCUAAAUUUGGCUUAGUUUACAAUGAAAGAAGAACAAAAAAGGAAGUGAAACCUGUUGGCUUUUACAUGAAACAUUGUGUUCCCUUAAAAAAGUCCAGAAACUUAUAAUUAGUACAAUAGAGCCAAGAAGGGGAAAAACCUGUCAAUGUCAGAAAUACUGCAAAUCCUCAGUUAAUGACCAGUAUUCCAUCUAUGUCCAGUCCAAAUAAUAACCAAGAUCUUUAGCUUUAUGAGUGAUCGAAGGCAGAUUCAUAUUUCUGAUAUGGAUUAUAGAAACAGGAAACUACUAACCGUUGAGUUCACAAUGAUCAACCACACUCAUCCAUAAAUCCUGUAAAAUCAGACUGUAAUCAGAUUAGUAGUGAGGGGCAACAAAUGUCAUCUCUGUCAGCUUUCCAUGUCUGCUCAGUGAGGGCACAGGGGAAGAACUUUUUUGAUCCUGUGGAGGGAAAUCUACUGAAUUGAAAUAAAUACAGCAGCGUCAACAUCACGUUAAUAAACUCAUGUAUGGAGGAGAAAUUAGUGCCGGUUUGUAUUUUGCAGUGAGGCUGAUUUACGCAGAGAUAGGUGUGAUUUGUUCUAAAUUAAUAUAUAAUGAACUAUGUUAACUAUGUUGAUGUUAACAUCAGUGGCACACAGGAGCACAAAUCAUUUGUGCUUUAUAAAUAAUGCAGUGUCUUCUUGACUAGAGAAUAAGACCCUCACUUUGUGUAAGAUAUAAACAAUUCUAAUCCCCAGAGACUUAGAGAAUUUAAUAUAAAGGCCUGACUCUAAUAAAAGCCUGUCUCAUUUAUAGGCCUCGUUCCAGCGGCAGUUAAAACAAAAGACAAAAGACCUGGCCUGUAUUUAAACAGAAAUUUUGACCAAUCAAACCAUGUCUUUUUUUCUGUCUUAAUUUUUUACUUUUAGAUGUAUACACCUCUAUCUGCUGGGGAAUUCCAGCUGAUCAGACAAACUCUUCUUAUCUUUUUUCAAGACAUGCACAUCAGAGUGAGUCCAUUAUUUUUUUAUUUUUGUGAAUUUGAAUUACAAACACUUAAAACUAAACCAUAUUAUAAUGACUUUUGUUUUGUAUCUUAUUUUCCUCACAACUCUUUUCCUUUUUUCUCUCUUCUCUUCCAGGUGUCUAUUUUCCUUAAGGACAAAGUACAGAACUCUAAUGGUCGCUUUGUGCUCCCUACCAGCGGUCCAGUGCCUUAUGGAACACAAGUCCCUGGCUCGAUAAGGUACCAUGCUGUGUAGCUGUUGGCCUGUAUGGUCAGAUCUCUACUAUCAUCAUUCGAAAAAAGAUGAAUAUUAAAUAGGUGUAUUGUUUUGAAAAGUCAUUUCAGUCUCUCUGAUGGUCAAUAUUGUUUGCUUUUUUGCCUCUCAUCUGUUCACUGAUCUCACUCAGACACUGCGGUCUUAAGCAGGCCCAUCUACAGCUAAUUGCAUUACGGAGGUUACUUUGUACAAGCAUUUACAUUCUAAUUUUAGAUGGGAAGUAUCUGGCUUGGAUUCAGAUACCCGGGGUUUGUCUGUGCCCAGUGAAACAUUAACCAUAUCAUGAAAAAAAAAAACCCACAUAAAGGCCUUCUGAGCCUCAUCUGUGUUUAAGUAUCUAUAGAGCACUGAGAGGAGCUACUUUCACUACAGGGGGAUGCAUUCAGAGCCUGUUUAACUGUAAGAUUUUGUGUUUUUGUCAUUCAAGGAUGUUUAGCUGUACUGGUGAAGAGUUGGGCCGGCUGCAGUUCACGAACGGAGGAAACUACACAGCUGCUCUUCGGGAGGGAUCAUUUGAGAUAUUUGGAGACAGGGUCACCAAACUAGGCACAAAUAUGUAAGAUGUUUACAAGUGCAUUGAAGAUAAAGCAUUUGGGCCAUUUUGUACAGAUCAUUUUGUACGAUCAUUACUCAGUUUUGUCCUCAUGUAAUCAUUCAGGUACAGUGUGAGCCGGCCUGUGGAAACCCACAUGUCUGGAACCUCUAAAAACUCUGCACAGCACACUAAGGUGAAACAGCUUUACUGCUUGGAGUCAGAACUUCUAACAUUAUGAAUAUUUGUUCCAACAUAUUUCAACUCUGUACACAACAUGUUUAGUGAACCUUUAGUGAAAGUAAACCAGGUCCAGAACUGUGCGAAUGCCUUGAUGUAAACAAAUGAUUGUUUGCCAAUAGGUCAACACAGCUCCCAAUCCCCUGGCUAAAGAGGAGCUGAAUCUUUUGGCCAAAUUAAUGGGAGGAUUAGAAGUUCAGAAAGCAGGAAAUGCAGACAGCGCCUUCAGGGUCAACCUCUUUGCCACAGACGAGGAAGAACAGUAAGUGGAACCUGUUUUUUUGCUCUCUGCUACCUCACUUUACAUAAAAUAUCCAAGUAUUUUAAGUUACAAUGACAAAUAUUGUGAUUCUCUUUAAUCGCAGGGAGGCUUUAAUAUCAAGACCUGAUGAGCUUUCAUACGGAGUCAUAAACAUUCAAGCCACAAAGGUAACAAAGGUUUAAAACUCUGCUGUCCCUGUUUAAAGAUUAAAGGCUUCUUAAUGGUGCACUCACACCAGGGCCAGAGCCCAAGUACUAUUUGUACGCAUGUCUUAAUGUGAUGCAAUACACUCAUGUCUUGUACACACAACAUCAUGUGGGGGCUUAAGUUUGCACAAAGCACGUCCUUGACCUCAUGUUUACUGUCUCGUGUCUGAUUUUGAAUCUUUUGUGCUUGGACGUGCGCAUGAGCGACGUCACCGUGCUGAAGCCCACCUCUCCUGACCAUGUGUGCUUGAACAUGGCAUGGAGCAAUCCCACUCAUCAGACAAGCUUAUGUACUGUGCAGAUUGCCUGGUGUGAGUGCAACCCUAUUAGAUAAAGUAAAGCAAAUGGGAGAUUCAGACACACAGGGAGAAAGAUUUAAGGAUGCCAGAUUUUCUGUAUUUGUGUAAUUAAACUUCACUUCGGAACAGAUUUCUGUCAGCUAAGGGCAAGUGUGGCCAUAGAUUUUGUCAGAGAUGUUAGGAACAGAACUGCUGAGGAGGUGCAUUGACUAUGACCUGGUUUGUGUAGUUGUAAGCCAAGCAAAUGCUCCAUCUCAGACUUAGUUCACACUUGAUAAGCACCUAACUUUUUGGCCAAAUCUGAACUGUUGCGGCAGACGGGCUUGUUAACAGCAUUAUCAAAACUAAUCUCAGGCCCUCUUGACCCCAACAAAGCCAUCUUCAGAGGAGAAAAAUGCAGACUUUGUACUCACCUAUAGAUUUUCUUGUCCAAGAAAUUUGUCUUGGAUAUGUAAAAAAGAGGAACUUGUAGUCUGGACAUGCCCAGUCUGUUAGCUUCAACACUGGCAGUUUGUCUCUUACCCUUGAAAAGAACCCCCAUGAUUGAUCGUAGGCCCAAUUUUUACCCACCUCAAUGAAAGGCUUAAGGUCCCAGUCAAUGAUCGGAGAUGUAAGGCUUUGCCAGUCUAACAGGAUUUACUGUAAUGAGGUGUCAGUCCAGGUGAUGACCACUCUGGCACUAACGAUUGGUGGUUUUUCUUUCAGGACCAACAGGCUAAUGCCGAGCUGGCCAAGAUCAUGGGAGAGUUCACAGAGUCUGGGGAUCAAUCUCCCUGUUCUAGCAGCAAAGGUGACGACCUUCUUGCUAUGAUGGACGGCCUGUGACAUGGUCACCCUGACAGAAGGACUUGGGCACAACGCAUCGUCAGCAGUCUGUUCUACUGUGGACCAGGCUGCUGUCUGAACCUGCAAACUCUCUGCACCAACCUCUCAUGCAGCCAGAUUCAUUCUGGGGUUGGUUUUUGAAAUGCAGAUGGAAGCAGGUGUUUCCACUGGUUGUCACACAACCAACAACAAACUGCAGAUUUAAGUUGCAUCUACAAAACUGUGCUGGGAUGAGCUUCAAUCUGCAGUACAGUGUAAUAGUACAUAGGCUGUAAACUGAGUUUCAGGUCAUCAAAACAAACUGUAGGGCUUUAUCUGUGUGCUGACCAGCUGUACGAGGUUUUAGCAACGUCACAGUGUUCUGUUUGUAAAAUCAGACUGUGCUACUGUAACAAAAUACACAUUCAUCCAGCUUGAGUUUCAACAACCCAUCACAGCUUUAGAGUUCUGUGUUGAUCACCAUCAAGGAGAUAGUUUACUUUUGGGAAUCAGAGGGAAACCAAGUGCUCUUUCCCAUGAGAUUCAAAUUCUCUCAAAUCUCUCUGCUGGUGAGAAAUAUGUGGAUCUUGAAUUGAAUUGCACUAACUUUAAAACACAGGGACCAAGAUGUAAGACGUUUUCACUAUCUAGUAAUUUCUAUGAAAGAGAGACGGCCCAUAGAUGUGCUCAUUUAUGAGUAUGAUAUUAUAUUAUAAAGUACUUCAGCAAUAUAAAUUAUAUCCAAUGUGUAAAUAUGUUGAUUGCACAUUUUAUUUAUUUGAAUGCAUCAUUGUUUACCUCGUAUCUAUUGUGUGUAUAGCAUAUUGCUUCAGUUGUUGCAUUGUUGAGUGCAAUGUAGGAUUUUUAAUAAAUAGCCUGAGGGGAAAAAAACAAAUUUUUGUGCACUGUUGUUUGAAAUGUAUCAUUUGCAUGUGUACUGAUGCAAUGACAUGUUAAUAAUGGCAUGUGCACUGCAAUAGAUUUUUUUUUUUUUUUUUGUAGUUGCAAAUAUGCAACAGUAGGAGGAGCUGUCAGUCCUUUUCCAGUCUAGUCUGGCUGCCACAUGCUUCUUCAGUGUAUGUUUUUUUUCAAGUACCCACAUCAGAUUCUUGGUUUCUGGUUCAGUUUUUUUUUUUCCAGAAAUGCUGUUUUCAUUUCAAUUUAAUGAAAUGCAAAUCACAAAGGCACUGACCUAUCCUCCAGCGCAGACCAACAAUGAGAAUUAAAACAACAGCUAUCUGUGCAGCUGUCUGUUUGUGUGCAGCCUGCCAGCAAAAAACCAGUCCGAGUAAGAUAAUCUACGCUCCAAACCGCACUUUCUCACACAAAUACACACUCAGACACAGGUGCAUACCAUGCACGCAAAACAUGCUGAGACAUUUCUCUGAAUUUAUCUGCGGGAGGAGGACUCUGGUGAGGUCUUCCCAAUAAUCUUGGCAUAGCAGGGACAAGAAACGCUGUGUGCCCCAGGGACACAGCCUACCUGCAAAACAAACAGAAACCAGAUCUGAUGGCAGUCGUCCCAUAAGAUGAGGUGAUUGAGCCAACCAGCCUCACAAAAAAAGAAUGCUGAACAUAAACAUGUGGAAAGUUAUUUCAUCAUCAGAUAAUGCUUUUCCAGUGGCAUAUUCAUAACAAUAUAGUUUAUACAAUAAGAAGUACUUAAGUGGGGUGUGUUACUGUCAAAUUUCAACGUGCUAUAAAAGGAAAACUUUAUCUGCUCGCUCAGUUUUGAUGCAAGUAUUAUAGCAAAAAUGAUUAGUGAGCAUUAAAAAGUCUUUGUUUAAAAUGAACUAGUCUUUCAUUGCAUGCUGGAAGAGCCCCUAAACAUACUUCUCUCACAGCAUCAUCGACUUAUGAUUCAGUUUCCUCUUUAAAGACUGUGGGCCGAGACUGUAAAGCCACAGGCUGACAAAUGUUUCAUGUGGCUGGGGGCAUAUGCUCUGCUGAGUCAAGGCAGGAAGACGAGUGCAACUCAUAUGAGACACUGCCAUUUAAGUUGGCCUCUUUGUGUCUAUCUUACCUGCCCACUCGUUUGAAACUGGGAGCUGUGGGUGGAAUUUAAGGGUAAUCUGAAGAUCUAAAUUGGGAACAUAAGUGGGCUUGCUGAGUAAAUGAGUAAGAAUUUGACUUUUGACUGUGCUGAAUUUGUCAGUUGUGUGUCAAUGAGGAAAUCCUUGAAAAACUCGAUAUCAGCACAUUUGUAGUGUUUGUCCAAAAAGUAUGAGAGAGAAGAAGAGAUCUACACUGAUGAAGGUGGAGACUAUUCUAAAGAACAUGGAUCACCCACUUCACAACACCUUGAUGGACCAAAGGGCCAAUGGUGGUGGACGGCUCCUCUCUCUUCGCUGCAGGACAGAAAGAUAGAAAUGCAAGGUAGUAAAGUGCAAGGUAUGUACAUAUGUGCAGUGCAGGUAUGAACUUAAUAUACUAAGAAUAAGAAUAAGAAGAACUUUAUAAAUCCCUGAAGGGAAAUUCAAACGUUUCCCAUGAUGAUUGAUGGAAGAAAGGGUUUAUAUCGCCACCUCCUAGCAUUCAGCUUUGCCUUCACCUUUGCACCAGCACGGCAACCACGAUAACACCUCCUGAUGUCCUCUGGAAUUGAAUGUUGUUGUUCAGAUUUGCUUUUCCUCAAUGAAAGGAGCUCUUCUCUUGAGUAAACUCUUCGCCCCGCAGAAGUAUCCAUCAGCAGCCAGCAAAAUGACAACAAAAAUGUGAAAAAAUCUAGCAAAAAUCACAAAUAAUGCAGAGAGACCAGACUUGCAGUAACCUCUCGGCUUAAGCCCAUCAUUUGAAAUAUGUUAUUACUAUAUAUUUUGUGCAAAAAAUAUGCUAAAAAUAUAUAAAGUUCUUCAUAUUCAUAUUCUUAUUAAAUAUUCUGUCUGCACAGAAAAUGUAGAAGCCUGUUUCAAAUUUAUGGGACUUGAUUAUAGUGCACACUGUUUUUAUUUUUUUUAAUAUAUAUGUCCUCCUGAUCUUUGAGUUUCAUGGUGUUUUGUUUGCAUUGCUGAGGACUUGGCAAUUUCACCUUUAAUCUGGUUGAUGAUGGUAUGUCAAGCAGGCGUUUCAUCACAGCAAUGGUAUUUUUCAUUGUCAAUGUGGCAUGUUAUAUAACACAUAAAAACGAACACUCACCCUGCUAUUGUGUUAGGUAUUCAGAGAUCAUGUUGUCAAAGCCCUUCCACUGAAUCUUCAACUUCUCCAGCACCGACAACUAUGACGUAAUGUGUUUCAUUUGGCAACUUUAUCAUGCAAACAAUUUCAUCAUCAGUCGCAACCAUUUACAAGGAAAAAACCAGACAGGCGCCCUUAUUGGUCGGUUGCAGCUGUCAAUCAAAGCGAGCAUGUGCGUCAUUUCCGUUGUCAGGUGGCGCUGUCGCUGUGGAAAGAUGCGAUCAGCGAAGAGCGGAGGCUUUUCCUUAAUUGCUCAUUUCGGUAACAGAGGCUAAACAACCCCCCGAAACCUGCCCUCUGUGGUCUCUCCCGUCGAAGCGACAAGCUCCGCUCAUCCACAACAGCUUUUUGACUCAAGAAAUGUCCGUGUUGUAAGCGAACGACGCAGACUUUACCCGGCGGUUUUGGCUCGAGGUAAGCGAGGUGGCGACUCCACAGCUAUCCGGGCUAGCCAGCUGUAAUGUUACCUAACGUUACUUUGUUUAAAUGGCCUCCCGGCUGCCCCUGUAGCCUCCGGCUUAGCGAAAGAUAACGACGCUGCUCAGCAAUUUAACACUUUACUAUCGUUGCACAAAAGACUUACAAGCUUAACUAACCGUGUCCUCUUUCUGCUCGGUGUAGUUUGCACCGUAAACCGAACUCCGUGUUGUGUUGUGUUUCUUGUGUUGUGUCCCCUUUGUGUAGCCGGUGUGCCUGGAACUGUAAAAGCGUCUUUAGCUGAGGAUUUAACUCGGCUUUUGUUGUUGUUUAAAGUUUGUAUGUGGCCCUGAGCUGACUAAUAUGUUACCCUUCUUAGAUAUUUACACGGUGAAAUAGGAAACCGUCUGCUUCCAUUUAAAUAGCCAGACGUGGUCCGCAGAGACGCACGCCGUGGUGUGCGAAAUUGGGUGUUUGGACCUCUCAGCUGUAGUAUUUGAGGGUAAAUUAUGAUACUACUUCGAAAUUAAGUUAUUGUAUACUAGUGGAGUUGUCGUGCACACGCUGGAAAGACAUACAGUCAGCGUUUUACUCCAGGACUGUGCGCUGUCCAGACUCUAUGGUCGCAAAAUGGCACCAAACAACGUGUGACAGACUGUGUGCAUAUGAUUUGUUUUAUCGUCUUGUGUUUUAUAAUGAGACCAUGUGUGCACGGAGCUGUUGUUGGUGUAGCUGCUGUAGUAAUGUGACCAGCCUCUGCAGGUUUGAUAUCGGUGUGUGUAAGUGUGUGUCUGAGCUGACACGAUUGAUUGACAUUUCAUUCACGCAGCAGAUUUGUGUGUGUGUGUGUGUGUGUGUGUGUGUGUGUGUGUGUGUGUGUGUGUGUGUGUGUGUGUUUGACCUUCCAGUUGCUUCACCUCUUUGUCACUGACCGGCCAUAACAUUAGGAACACCUUGACUAUCUGUUUGCAAUCCAACAGUUUAACUCUUAAAUUGAACUGUGAGGAAGACCCUUUAUUUUCAGUGUUUGUUGACAUGAUCACACAGGUGAUUAUUGAAGACUAUGUGAAUGAGGGUGUAUUAGAAUCAGAUUUAGAAAUACUUUAAUAAUCUCCAGGGGGAGGUUGCUUUUGUUGCAGUACUCCAGUGCAAAUACAGUCAAAGUAAAAACAGUAAAAGAGGAGAUAAAAUAGAUAGAAUAAGUAAAAAUAUAGAGAUAAAUGGAUAAAAUAGGUGUAAAAAUGUAUAGAGAUAAUAUAUGAGUAUUUACACUAUAAACUAGGGCCGACCGAUUUAUCGGCGAGCCGAUUAAAUCGGCUAAUUUAAGCCCGGUUGAGACAAAUCGGUAAUCGGCCAAAACCUACCGAUUUUCGCCGAAGAAUCGUCCGAUUAAUCGGUUAUCGUAUUUCGGCAUCUGCCCCAAAAAAUCCAUAUCAGUCGGGCCCUACUAUAAACAACACAAAUAGUGACAUUGUAUUGGAAAGGUGAAGCAAAACAGUAGGAACACCUUUUAGUAUAAUGCACUCCAGCAUUUCUCCAACAAAUAAUGCAUAAGCUUUCUAAAAGUGGAAUAUCUUGAGGGAGCUGUUGCAUUGGAUUACACUAGAUUGCCCAGUUGUUCUCGAUGUUAUAACUGUGGGUGUGUGCAUUCAUAGAUACACAUCGUUCUCACUCUCUUGGCUUCAUCAUCCAUCCAGAUUUUCUUACCCAGAUAUGUUUACUACCUGCUCUACUGUCCUUAUGCUUCCUUUGUCCGUCCUCAUACUUGAUAAUACAAUCAAGCUGUUUUCUUGCAGAGCCAGACAAGUGGCAUUGAGUCUGGGUGGGUGGAUCUUGAGACUCCUACGUGGUUGUUUUGUUCUGAUUCUAUUUCAGGAGCCCACAUUUCUCGUGGGCAACCGGCAGCGUGUCUCUCCUCCUUUUGUGUGAUAUGAUUCAGAGGCUGUAUCUGUUCUUGUCCUCCCUCCGGUACAGUCAGAGGCAGAGGCAGUCUUGCUUGCCAGAUCGCUGGCUGUGCAGAGAGGCACAGCAGCGUCAGAAAAGGAUAGCUGGGUGCUGUCAUCGCGCUGAUGUCAUUUAGGUCAGUGUGCAUUAGUUGGUUGCAUUGACCUUUGCUUUCUAGAUGUGUCAGGGGUUGGCUCUACGGCACUGCAGCUUGUGUUUAGUCGGUAGAUGAAUAGCCUCUGGUGCAUUUGCAGUGUGGAGUGUAGCAGUUUGUUUGAAUGAGUCAGUUUAACGUGAUAAGUCCAAAGUGCAUGAAUUUGUAUGUUUUUAACUAUGCAGAGAAUUGAAGUACAUGCAAGGUACACUCAAAGAUAACCUUGUUAGAAGUGUGCAACAUGAUGACUGAUGGGAGUCUUCUUUAUUUUUGCUCAGUCUGCUUAUUUUCCUCAAUCUAACGUCCUUUCUCGCACUCAACAGUUUAAAAUGCAUUCAUGUAGCAGCACUUGAAACCACACUUAAUCCUGCCAACCACUUUGGCCUCUGUUUUAUCCAUAGCGUUUGCCUCGUGCGCUAUAGAGUAAGACGUUUUCCUUACUAUUGGCAGCGUGACUUGGUGUCACUCUGACUUGUGCCAUAAAUGCUGUCAGAAAACCUCAGCUCAUCAGACUCAGUGGGUGAUGACUAGUGGAGAUGGAGACAGAUGGGCGAGAGACACGAUGAUGACACUGUCUGCUGUCUGGGAUCACAAAAAAGCCUCAUGGAAGUGAGAAUUCAUACCAGCCCUUACUGACUGCCAACUGUCCUGCCUCCUCGCUGCCCAAAAACGCCAACUGGCGAGUGGCUCACGAUUUGUUUUGGAAAAGGAAGAGCCUAAUUCAUAUUUGAAGAUGAGUUUUUUUCUGGCUUUUCUUCUUGCAAGAUCAAUUAUUUUAAAAUUUAACCAGCAUCCAGCUCACUUUGAAUUCUGCGAAUCUGAGUCACGAGAAUAUGGAUAACACGAUUCAAGGAAGACCCCAGAUGAUGUCUCUUUUACUCUCUCCUUAUGUGGAGUUUUACUUCCCUCUAAUUCGAAAAGACGCACAUGUAACAGACUCUAGGGCACAAUAACACUCCUACUGUUGUCAUCAGCGAGACAUUCAAGCAUUUCUGUCCAAUGGAAUCCGGGGACAGCAGCAGGGUGAAUCAUUCCUUUCGGUUCAAGGCACUACUUCCCUGUUACAGGAAACAGAUGGGGUUUCAUCACAUUGGAACUCAGUAUCAGUAAACAAAGCAUACCUCUCGCUCUCUGAGUUCUGGGAGGUAGAUCUGCCGCGGCGGUUGAAGCAGUUUGUGUAACGAUGAUGUGUCACGCUGUGUCACCGGCUCUUUUGACAUGUGGAUCUAGUUCCUUAUCAUGGUGUAAGGGCUUGGCUUUUUUUUUUUUUUUUUUCUUUUUGUUUGUUUCAGCCAUGUUCGAACACGCAUGUCCUCUCAAAGGAAGGUCCGUGCAGAUAAGCCGGCUGUACAGAUUCUGAGAUAAAACGCACAGAUUAAGAGCGGAAGGAUUUUCUAAGCCCGUGUCCGCCACAGCAGGAAGAGCUAAAGAUGGAUACGUGGUUCAGUCAGGGCUGAGACUCGAAUAAAUAAAUGCUCCUCUUGUUUAAAGACGGCCGGGCUUGUGCAAUGCAUUUACAUGUGAGCAGCAUUUUCCCAUUUGAAUUGCAGAUCGCGGCACGUUGCACUGUUGUGGAGAUUGAAUCGGAGGUGUCACCCUUGACGCCAGCAGCCAUCAUUUUGAAUGGCGCUGUAAUGGCCUCACAUUUACACCGAGGUGUUGGUAAAUGUGUGGGAGGGGUAUUUAAAAUAGGCUGGGAGGAGCUGCCCUGAAGUUUACCUCUGUUCACUUCUGUGCACUAAUCCCUCGGCAGCAACGGGCCUGCAGGACCACUGCGCAGGCUCUGAGUAUGAUCUUUAUAUCUGUUUAUUAUUUAUUCACAACAACUAAUUUGCUUCUCCAACAUUAGUGCUGUUUCUGCUUUUCUCGUCUGUCAGUGUUUUUGUGCAGUCACGUGCAUGCAAGUACUAUCUAACUUGACUAUUUUUAUCCAGCGUACUAAUCUGAUAAAUUCCCUUCGCAGAGCUCCACUAUGUCAAAGCGGCGCUCGUCGGAGAGAGGGGCUGGAGAGACAUCAGGCAGGGCCAGCAAGCUGCAAUGUCCGGGGAUAUCCGGCAAUAACGCCAAGAGAGCGGGGCCCUUCAUCCUCGGUAAGGAAGCGUGUGUUUGCACAGCCUUCAUACAGUAUAGACGGGUUUCUCACAAACUUCAUACGACUGAAAGUGUCUCAAAUGUACGGUUUCUUGAUCAUAUGGAGUGCAGGGAAGUAGGUGAGGAAUGUGAGUAGAUGCGAGGGUCGUGGGGUGUCUCUGUGAGUACGCCUGAGACAAGAAUGUGAAGAAUUUUGCUGAUCCCCAUGACAUCGGCCAGAAAGGUCUGCGUCUGUGCUGGAGCAAGGUUAUUUCCUCCCUCUGGAAACAAACCAAAAAAAAAAGAGUUCCUCUCUCCCAAACUUUUAUUCUUGACUGUUUUCUGCCACACAACUCCUCCACUAUUUGCUAUGCAGAGUGCCAAAGAAAACAUUACACUUGGGGGUGUUAAUGGGUGCGUGCACAUGCAGCCCUUAAUGAGUUGCAGUGUGAGCACACACUCCGGUAUCUAGCAUGCCUUUUGGUCAUGCAGCUGUUCUUUCUUCUAACUCUUGCAGGGCCUCGCCUGGGCAACUCACCAGUGCCCAGCAUAGUGCAGUGUCUGGCCAGAAAGGACGGCACUGAUGAUUUCUAUCAGCUCAAAGUAAGUCCGCGUUGUUCUUGUUGUUCUUUCUUCUACAAAUGCAACAUGGUUCAAUACAAUAUCAAACAUGAAAACAAAGCUAUGCCGUCCUUGUAGGUGGCUGAACCUUUGACCCCUCUUUGUUGGUGUUCAUUUUAUGGCCUGCUGUUUUCAGUCUGGUGCAAACAACAAAAACCUUCAGCCAGGCAAUCUGUUUAUUGGGGCUAUCCAGUGUCUGUAUCACGAGAGGUGGGGGCUACAGAAGGGGGGAAAAGGGAAGGGUGGAAGGUAGCGCCCCACCUGGAAUGUCGACUUUUAACCCUCACAACCAUGUAGUGAGUCAGUGCAGGACCCUCCUACCACCACAGCGCCUCAGUGUCUGCUUUACAGCGUGUUUACUUCACAGUAGUCUACCAGACUGAGCUGCUGCCCUGUUAUAACACUUCUAGUGUGUGAUUUAAACUUCAUGUUAAAUGUCAAACAAAACUAACCGAAUGCCAUGCCCUCAGUUGUUUUAAGGUUCUGUGUCAGGACUGAGGAUUAGCUCCUUACCAAAUAGAAAACUCUGCCUCUCAGCCGUCUGAUCCUGUAUGCGCACUCGUCUUGUGACCUCUAAUGUUUGCUCUGCUCUCGUGUGCGGUUACGGCAGAUCCUGACGCUGGAGGAGCGGGUGGACUCCGCAGGGGAGACUCAGGAGGAGAGGCAGGGGAAGAUGCUGCUGCACACAGAGUACUCCCUUCUUUCUCUGCUGCACAACCAGGACGGCGUCGUCCACCACCACGGCCUGUUCCAGGUAGAUUGGCACCUUGACAUAUUUGUGCAUAGUACAUAAUCAGCGAAAUGAUCAUCAUAACGGGAGGAAUGAGCUGUGUCUUGUAGUCUAAAUGCAUUAUAUAACUCUGCACAAUGUGGGCAUGUAAUGCACCAUGAUAAAUGCACCACUAUUACCAAGGGGAAGUUUCUCUCACUCUCUAUUCAGCUUAAAUUAUAGCGUCACUGUGCAAGUAGCAGCACGCUCUUCUAUCAGUGCAGAGGUAAGCUUAGCAUUAGUAAAGCCAGCUGCUAACAUUUGCUUUAUGAGGCUUCUGUCAAUGGAGAAGUGGGAGUACCAUUAAAAGGCAUUCUUAUCUGCAGUCCUGUCUAUUCACAGUCCCAUCCAUUCACAAUGAGCGCUCCCCCUCCCCGCCCCUCACCUGUCUUCCCGUCUGCCUCCUCCUUUAACUUUGUUAUUCCUCCAUCUGCCUUCUCUCUCUCUCCUCCGUUUUCCUCCUUUGUCUCUCUUUCACAUCCUGUCUCUUCUACUCUGCCGGGGUUCUCAGAAUAGCAGCAUUGAGCGAUGCACUCUGAUUCAUUUAGGCUUGCAAUAUUGAUUGGAUUAUUAUAGUGCAUCUCCACUGUGAGAGAACCAGUAAAUAAUGUACACUUUCAGAGGUGCUGACUGCAUCUAAAAACAAAUCUGACAACCUGAUACGGAAAUCAAUGAGGAGUGGUGACUCUGCUCAGACUGGAGCUGGUAGAAGAAGAAGAAGAAGAAUGACCUUUGUUAUUCGUCCUCCACCACCCGCUGUGGAGGGGUAGAUGCGUUUUAUUCAUGGCUUCAUGCAGGCUGAGAUUGAUGGCCUCUACACUGUUGGAAUCAAACUGAUCAGCUUGAUGAGCUAAUCUUGCAAAGAAACCCCAUUCAGUUUGAUGAAUGUAGAGGCGCUUCAAACUAUAUUGAUCAGACUUUGUUGGAAAGUGCCCCAAAAUACAUCAACAACUCUUUCCACUCAGCAGGUAAGCACUAGGAGUGGGAGAAAAAAUCGAUACAGCAUAGUAUUGCAAUAUUUUGGCCAUUGAUAUAUCGUAUCAUCUCAUUUUUUAAGUAUCUAUUAUCCAAAUGAAUUGCUAAUGUGAAGUCGAAUCUAUGAUAAUUGAAAACUAAAAUCAACUGUUUGUCAAUUGGGGUUAGCAGAGGUAACAAAUAUUUAUAUAUGCUUUGUAAGAUGUGCUACAUGAACAUAAAAUACAGUGUAAAUGAGACAAACAUAAAGGAAAGCCAAAUGCUAAAUCAGCUAAACAGUUAAAAAAAUCGUAUAAAUCGCGAUAUAUUGUAUCGCAAUACUCACUCUAUUGCAAAAUGUUAAAAAUCGCAAUAUUAUUGUACGGUGGCCAAAGUAUAGUGAUGUUAUCAUAUGGUGGCCCAAGUAUUGUGAUAUAAUUGUAUGGUGGCCCAAGUAUCGUGAUAUUAUUGUAUCAUGGCCCAAGUAUUGUGAUAUUAUUGUAUCGUGGCUCAAGUAUCGUGACGUUACCAUAUUGUGGCCCAAAUAUCAUGAUGCUAUUGUAUCGUGGCCCAACUAUCGUGAUAUUAUCAUAUUGUGGACCAAGUAUCGUGACAUUAUCGUACCGCGCACCAAGUAUUGUGAUAUUAUCAUAUCGUGGCCAAAUUAUCACGACAUUAUCUUAUCGUGGCCCAAUUAUUGUGAUAAUAUCAUUUCAUGGGGCCACUAGUGAUUCCCACCCAUUAGUAAGCACUAUCCUGAGGAUGGCUGCUCACACUUCUUAUCUGUUGUUGAUUCCCAGGAUCGAGCCUAUGAAAUAGUGGAGGACAUGGAGGCCAAUAAAAUGCGCAAGAUGAAGAAGCGGAUCUGCCUGGUGCUGGACUGCCUGUGCGCUCACGACUUCAGCGAUAAGACGGCGGAUCUAAUAAACCUUCAGCAUUACGUCAUCAAGGAAAAGAGGCUGAGCGAGCGCGAGGCCAUCGUCAUCUUCUAUGAUGUGGUGCGGGUGGUGGAGGCCCUUCAUAAGGUGAGUCGACGAGAAAACUGAAAUUUGCUAGAAAUCAUCCGAAACGGCCUUUUCCUCAGAGGAAUCGAGGAUAUUUUUCUCACACCACCUAAACCAUACAAACAACAGAACCUCUGCCAGCGCUUCAUUUCCAUUUAAGGGAGUGCUUAUUCCAUCCUCAGCUCUCUGUGUUUGUGUUGUGGGGCCAAUGUUCCUCCACAACUUACACACACAGUCAUGUCAAAUUCAACGCUUACUGCUACAUUAAUACAAGAGCUGUGUCCAGUUUGUUUCUGUGAGUCAGGACAACACAGCCUGGCGUUUUAAUCUUUCAAGAAACGAUUAAGAUAAUAGCUCUGUGUUGUCCUAAAUUGAUUUCCAGUAUUUUCUCUCUUUAUGUUGACAACCUCUGAUUGAUUAAGGAGAAUAUGAAGAUGAAACUGAGUUUAAAAAAAAUCAAUCUGGGGACAGUUUUAAUCAGUUUUUUACAGCCCAAAAGGUUUUCUUGGUUUUUCAAGUUUGGCCGCAGCGUUGUUUUUGUCAACCGAGGGAAAAUAGCCUUGUUAUUGUUAUCCUGUUGCACAUCCUCUCUGGUUACUCAUCUUCCAUGCUUGUGUGCCACUCCAAGAAAACAAACUGAUUGUUAUGAUACCAGUGAUUCACAAAGUACAAUUUAUCCAAACAUCUUUCUCCUCGCUUCCCUCCCUUGCAGAAAAACAUCGUACACAGAGACCUCAAGCUGGGAAACAUGGUGCUGAACAAACGGUAAGCGCAGCUUCCAGUCAGUCACUCAGCCUUGUCAAUCAGUUAUCCAGCCAGUAACCCCUCCUGUUACGCCCGGUCAGUCAUUUUAGCAUUCUAGUAAGUCAUCCCGUCCCUGCUCACGUGUAUGAGGGGCCUCAUCCGGCCCCAGCAGCCUGUAUCCCAUGUUCAUUUGGCUUCAAACCCGAGCAGGGGUCACAUUCUCAGACUAAGAGAGAGAUCAGUUGUAAGAACCUAAAGCCUCACUCCCUUGUGGCUGACUAUGAGUUGGUGUCUGUGCAUCGAGUAAAGCCCGAUGAUUCAGUCCCCAUGCUUGGGUUUUUUUUUCAAAGCAGAUAAGUGGACUCUGGUGGAGAAAUAAGCGACUGCUUUGUUCCCGGUGUGAGAGUUUUUGAGGUGGGUGCGCCCUAGCAAUUUUCUAGAGCAGGGAGGGUGAUGGUAAGGGCAUCUCAGGUCAGUCAGAUGGACCCUGCAGGAUUGAAAAGUCCUCAUCUGUAAAGUCCCCACCAAACACUAUGCAUAGAGAGCAUAUUGUCACUGUCCAAUAAAAAACAUGUAUCUCCAAAACAGUUUUAUUCAUAAACUACCUUACAGAAUAAACCCAAAACACUGUAAUUAGACACAAUCAGGACCUGAAAUCAAAAUCUAUUUACACAGUCAUCAGUGACCUGUUUGAUAUUUUAAACGGACCUACGUGCUUUACAUUGUGAGUGAUAGUGGACGUAUGUGUUGUUUUAAUAACGCUCCAAUGACUUUAAGUUGAUUUACGAGCUCCGAGUAUCCUGUUUAUGUCCCACUAUGUUGAUAAAAUAUUGAACAUUUCCAUAAAGCACAUUGGUUGUCAACCUUUUUGAGUCGCAACUCCCUAUUUAACAUACACUAGUGUCCGCGACCGAGUGUUAGGGAAAACAGCAGCAGAUUUGCCUUUGGGGAUGAACUUAAGCUCAAGAAAUCUAACGUACAGGUCAUGGUUAGAAAAAAGUUUGAGGUCGGCAUCAGUCGAUGUGAGGACAUUAGUGUAGCAUUACCCUGGACUGUAGUGAGUCUGUCACAGUGUAAAGUCUGUUUGCUGACAUGACAACGCAGGGCCAAGGCGGGAGAUACAUACUUUGCUGACACUUCCGACACCCAGUGGAGAUACUUGUUGAAAAGAUGAUGUUAUAAAAUGUCUUUCCAUGAGUCAUUUUGAUACCCAAAGCUGCAGAUUGUUAGGGAAGAUUAUGGACCAUGCAUGUAUUGAAAAAAGUGGAGAGUCGCUUUUUUUCAUCAGACAGCAACGAUAUGAGGGAUUGUCUGAGCGUCUCACUGCAUGGACUCUGCUUCUUCGGCCGCUUUUUGCUUUUUAAUCCGAGUUUCGCCAAGUUUAGAUGAGUCAGCCGGGUCUUGCAUUAACCUAUGCAGGGUUGCCUCUGCAUGCACAUUCUUGGAGACUCUGAUAAUCAUCCUACAAAGCAGGUCUCCUCAUUUAGAAGAACAUGACUAACACCAACACACACGCACGCUAUUCCCACACUCGCUUGUACACACCCUCAUACUGAUACAUCGAUCUUGCGUCACGCACAGCUGAGAGUAUUCAUAGCCUUAACUCACACUUUUCUCGGUCACUUCACGUGCAUUCUCUGCGUGUCUGAGUACGCGUAUUGACAUGUCACAUGUCUGGCUUAUCUUUUGUACACAUACACAUCCCAGACAUCAGAGCCUGUUGCGUGUUGCCUGCACCGGCAGAAGCAGCAGCAGCAGAAGCAGCGGCGGCGGCGGUGUUGAUGAUGAAACAGGAGAGUGUUUUGGCCAGAGGAGGAGGGUAGCUGGGCGAGGAGCAGACGAGUGGAACACUCAGUCCCAGCUGGAGACAAAGGAGAGGCCUGCCAAGGGCCCAAUAGCUCAGAGCUGACUCACACCGCAGUGCACGUCACACACACACACACACACACACACAUACACAUGCACUCAUAUAGUCAUCAUUAUUUUGACUUCAACUCUGAUUUUUCCCUGUUUUCUUUUACAACCCAAUCCCUUUCCUGCUUCACUUGUCUUUUGUUUCGUCCACUUAAUCAUAUCCUCUCUCCUGAUUUUCACUUUUCCUGUGUCCUUUAUGCAUCAUACUUUUUUGCUUGCUUGCAUAUUUCCUCUCUCGCUCCACCCUGUACGUGUGCAGUCACUAUGGGAAGGAUGUGCUCGUUUUAGAUGCAAAUAGUCCCGAAACCCCCCCCCCCCUCUACCUCCCCUGCUUCUCGGCGUCACGGUGGGAAAUGCACCGAAAGCCAUCAACAAGCUCAGCAGUUUGUGCAAGAAUGAUGCGAUUUCCUCUUGCAGAGCCAGCUGUUAUGAAAGCAGGAUGUCAUAAAUCAAUCUGCAGGGUCGUUGACUUCCGAAAGCUUCAAAAAUGUACCUCUUACAUCGACACAGACGCACCACAGCGAGGUGUCUAUUCUUGUCUCGUCAAGAUUUCUUGACCCCGGGUGGUUCCUGUCCGUGACAUUUUAAAGUCUGCACCAAAGUUUGAUCAAGUGGAGCACCAGUCAAAAUUCAAUCACAUAAAAUAAGCACAAAAACUCUUUCAGCAGAUGAGAUUUCCCCCUAGUAAAGUUCUCCAAAUCAAUGGUUCUGAGAAGUUAAAUUUGCAGGCUUCUGCGGAAGCUGCCCUGUGUUUAACCUCCUUUCUCGUCAGCUGGGUGUAUUUUCAGCAAAACGACGCAGGCAGGGCGGAGAAGUCCCAGGGGCUGUUUGGGUUUCUGGUUUCCUGACUUACCCCAGGGUCAUGUGACCAGGAAGCGAAGAGACGGUGCAGUCUCUUUUCAGCCCUCAGGGACCCUUGCCUCACGAGGCAAACAUGCAAUUUCAUUUACCCAAUCUCCGGCGCAAGAAUAGAAGCCCGGGUCGUGACGCGCCCAGACAAAAGGACAGACUCAUCUGUGAAGGAAGCUUUUAUGUCGAGGGUCCUUGAAGCAUCGCGCUCUGUUCCUGUAGCCCAUCCUUACGCAGAUCACAAGGCCACUGCGUGCUUUAGAGAGACUCGGAUCACAAAAGAGGGUGAAGGGUUGGAUCACAGAAGAAGCAGGAAAUUAUGUGAACUGAAUGUUCUCGGGGAAGAUCAAGACUGGAGUGUUUGGAUGAAAAUUGAGUGUUUGACAGGAAUUGGCUCGAGAGGAUGUAACAGGAGCAGCGUGUGUGUGUGUGUGUGUGUGUGUGUGUGUGUGUGUGUGUGUGUGUGUGUGCAUGUGUGUGUGAGUGUGUGUGAUGGAGCAGGGUGUGAAAGUGAGAGAGAAUAGGGGAAGCUGUUGACCUCAGGCUUUUAGAAAGCGGAUGUGGGUGAGAAGCGUGAUCCAGAGCGGACCCAGGCUCUAGACCAUGGUCAUGUGCUUUAGUGUGUAUCCCAGCGUGUGUGUGUGUGUGUGUGUGCACGCUCGCCAUGGGACUGAUCGUGUGGGCGCAGUUGAAGUUGCGUGUUUGUGUACAUAUUUGAAAUCUUCGUGAGCUCCAUAUAUCGGUUUGCCAGCCCAUCGCCAUGCAGGCUGAGUCAUCGAGUCAAUUAUCCCAAACCACAGGUUGAGUCAUAUGUUUGUCAAAGUGCAGCGUGUUUUUUUUUUUUUUUUUAUUGAACACAGAUACAAAGCAGUCCAAAGUCCUCUCAGCUUUAAUACUGUUAGUUUCACUCGAUCACAAGUUCACUGGAUUUACCUUAAUGACUCAGAGACAAAAUCCUCACAGUGUUUCCACAGAAACCAAACGAAAUCAAACUUUGCAAACUUAAAGCUCGGGGUUGUCCUUUUUCUUUUGAAAUGUUUCAAGUUUAAUGUCGAAAGACGGCCAUCAGCUGCAGCAGAAAUGAUGAGGAUAGUGCACUUACUGUUUUAAAGAGGGAAUUUCUCAUGUGGAGAAAAUCGCCCCUGAUUCAGGAUACUAAAGAGUUCAGAAACUGGUGGACAGUUUAAAGGUCUUAAAAGCAGCGUGAGGAAUUUAAGUGACUUUAAGAUCUGAUCGAAAAUUCUGGCAAACAUGUUUUGAAAUGAAAAUUCUCAGUUUGCAACAGAGAGGAAGAGUCAAAUCAUGAACAGAGAGGAGUCUAUGAAAGAUUUUCUACAGACAGAGAUACUUCUCAACAUUUUUAAGACCCCGAUCGGAAAAUGAUUCAGAAUCAUGUGGCGUGACUGCGAGUAUAAACCAGAAGGGAGACUUUCUUCUUCUUCUUCUGCAGCGACAGGCUGUGCAUACCCCGCUCCGCACCAGGCAGUCCUAUGAUACUGAUGUAUUUUCGAAGCCCAGUGAAGCGAGAGAUUAUUAAAACAACUACACAUGCUAGCAAGUUCUCCCUGCUUCUGUCAGCCUGUGUUUCCUUCAUGAUUCGGGACAGGCAGGGGUUUUGAACUGACUUUUAAUAUGCAUUUGCCAUCAUUUACUAUCUGAUACUGACUCAGAAAUGUACGUUUUAAAAGGUACUUAUCAAGCGUGCUGAUAAUUUAUUAUUAUAAUAUAUAAUUUUAUGUGUUUGCAGAACUCACCGAAUCACUAUCACCAACUUCUGCCUGGGAAAGCACCUGGUGAGUGAGGAUGACCUGCUCAAAGACCAGAGAGGAAGUCCAGCCUACAUCAGCCCCGAUGUUUUAAGCGGUGAGUAAAAUAAAAAAGCAGAUAAUUCACCUGCUUCAGACAGUCUGAACGUCAAACUGUGUGCUUUUCAGACUUGUGAGGAAAGUGCUGAAAAGAAGUGACAGACAUCCACGGUGGGUCAUCGCCACACCGCUUUUGUCACUUUCAAAAACUGUCAAUCCAACAGUCACACCUGUUUUUUUUUCUGUGACCUAUCUUGCACGGACAGGUGUGAAAACCUUCCUUGUUGCCCUAGAUUUGCCACCAUCUUCCAUGAGAGGAUGUGAAAAAUGCUUCAAAGAGUCAUACCUGCAAAUUAAACACAUAGGUUUGGUAUUUUGUGGUGAAAAACACGAUAAUUCUGGUAAAAAAGAGAAGGCGUUGUUGAUCUGAGUUCAUAUUAGAUCCUGGGAUUCUUCCAAAAAGAAUUGCAGAGCAGCAAUUAGUAAGUCUCGUGUUUUUAUUUUCCGGUUAUUAGGCAAAAGGAAAGAAGUUAUGUUGCAAUAUCGGGCUGCCAAACACGAGGAAUAGCUUAUUUUGAGUAAUCACAGUGAUUUUGCAUUUUCUCUAAGUAUGGUCUGCAGAGGAAGCUGCUUUUGGCUUCGACAAGCACAUUUUUUUUCUUUGUCUGAAAAAAGAAAGCAGAAAUUCAUUAAUUUUGUCGAGCUUCACUGCAUCUGUGGUCUGUUCACGACUCCAUCCCAGAACACGGCCUCAAAAAACACGUCAAAGAAGACGAAGAGGAAUCCUUCAGAACAGGAUUUGUUCACUUCCAAACGCUGCUGCUGUAAAUAAAACGCGGGUGUGUAUAUCAGCAUAACGUGACAGGCGCACAAUUAAACAGAGCUUCAGUGACUCACACACUGAUGACUCACUGUAGGGAAACUACUCCCAUCAACCCCCAUCCCCUCCCGUUCCCAUCCCCCGCCUCUGUGUGUGUGAGUGUGUGUGUGUGUGUGUGUGUGAGAGAGAGAGAGAAGCUUUAACAUAAUUGCUUGCUGCUGUUACUACCGCCUGCCUGACUGUAAUAACACCGCCUUUGGUCAUGCAGAGCCGUGAAGCUCCACCCUCCCAAGUGUCGGUUUAUUCAUCAAAGAUCCGCGGCUGCAUUAAUGGAUUAGGAACCUUUUCUUAAAGUCGGUAUUGUGCUGGGAAUUCCUAGGACAUCUCAUGAAUGCGAAGUCAUCACCUCUGUUUGUUUUUUUGCUCAUUUCGUUAACCAUUAGACCUUGAAGAGCGACUUGAAAUAAGCCGAGGGCUUGAAUCACCACUGAGUCACCACAGGACAGAGCAGGGCAGCAUUUCAGCCGUCACAUGCUGAUUGCUAACUAGAGGACUUAACCUAUCUUUGAAGAAUCAAACACACUCAGAAACCAAACCAGGUUUGGCUUCACACACUGACCCCGAUACCCUCUCCUCUGUGUCUCCAGGCCGGCCGUAUCGUGGCAAACCCAGCGAUAUGUGGGCGCUCGGUGUGGUCCUGUUCACCAUGCUGUAUGGCCAGUUCCCUUUCUAUGACAGCAUACCUCAAGAGCUCUUCAGGAAGAUCAAGGCUGCAGAGUACUCCAUCCCAGAGUGAGUGCUCGUCCUGUGCAUCAUUUGAUUCAUCGUAACAGAUGUUGGAUUUUCCUCUGUCACAAAAUAUUGUUUUUUUAUUUGCUUAUUUGCAUCUAUGAUCCUGUAUCAAGACGCUAUUUUGAAGAAUGGUUAUAAAAAUUCAGUACACAUCAGCAGCUUUGUUGAAGGAGUAAAUAAAACCGCCUGUUUUCAUCACAGGGACGGACGUGUGUCUGAAAGUACCGUCUGCCUGAUCCGAAAGCUGCUGGUGUUGGACCCUCAGCAGAGGCUCACAGCAGGAGAGGUGCUGGAGUCUCUCAGCGCCAUCAUUGCCUCAUGGUAACUGCUCCCCCUUCUGGAUGUUUGCAGUGUUACAAUUUGAUUUCUCUAUUUCUGGCAGAACUUGACUUUAAAAAUCAACAUAUAACCACAAAAAAAUCUGCCAUUAAUUAUCAAUCAAUCAAAUUUUAUUUAUAUAGCGUCAAUUCACAACAGUCGUUAUCCCAAGACGCUUUCCAAGGAAAAAGAGCAGGUCUAGACCACGCUCACUAUCUGAACUAUCAAGACCAUACCUUCAGAUGGGACAGAUUUGACCCUGAGUGAUAGUGGCAAGGAACAAAAUUCCCUUUUAACAGGCAGAAACCUUGGGCAAGACCAGACUCAAAACAACAUAUAAACACUGACUUCCUAUAUAGUUGGUUUCUGCUGUGCUGAAUUGCACACCCUGCUUCGAACUUCAAUCAAUCAGUCAAUCAAUCAACUUCAUUUCUAUAGCACAUUUAAAAGAACCAUGGGGUAGCCAAAGUGCUGUUCACUGCGACAUAAAAACAAAUAAAACAAGCAAAGAACAAGAUAGAGCGAGCAAAAAUACAUAAAUGUAAUAAGAAAAUAAAUAUAUAAAUAAGCAGGCUCACGGCAAGUGCUAAGAUGAUAGCAAACAAAAUAACACUAAAAUGUAUGAAAAGCCAAGGAAUAAAAGUGCGUUUUUAAAAGGGAUUUAAAAACAGAAAACAAGGAGGCCUGUCUAAUUCUCAAGGGCAACUCGUUCCAGAGCUUGGGAGCAGCUGCGGCAAAUGCUCCGUCACCCCUGAGCUUCAGCCUUGUAUUUGGGACCAUCAGUAACAGCUGAUCAGCUGAUCUUAGGGGUCGGGGUGGGCAGUAAGGCUGGAGCAUCUGGGAAAUGUAAGGUGGAGCCAGAUUGUUCAGGCCUUUAAAAACAAAUAUUAAAAGCUUAAAAUUAAUUCUGUUCUGUACAGGGAGCCAGUGUAGGAAAAUAACUUAUCUACUUAUUUUGCUUAUUUCAGAUUGUUUAAGAUUUCUAUGUUUAAUUCUUGUUGUCUUUUCUCAUUCACAGGCAGUCGGUUUCAUCAUUGAGUGGCCCUCUGCAGGUGGUCCCCGAUAUUGAUGAUCAGGUCAAUCACCCAGAACAUCUGCAAGAGGUAUUCAUCAUUUCUGCCACGAUGUCUCAAAUACUUAUUUCUCUAUUGCUGCGGCGCUCUGAUCUGAGUACAUUUCCCCUCCUGCAGGCGAAGGUAACAGAGGAGUCUUCGCAGUACGAGUUUGAGAACUACAUGCGCCAGCAGCUGCUGUUGGCCGAAGAGAAGAACACUAUCCAUGAGGCCAAGAGCUUUCUCACCAAGCGCCAGUUUGGCAGCAUCCCACCUGUAAGGCGCCUCGGCCACGACGCCCAGCCUGUCAGCCCGCUCGAUGCUGCCAUCUUGGCACAACGUUUCCUCCGGAAGUAG